UUAGGGACAGCCAGUAACAACUAAUAAUAUACGGAUCAUGUCCUGCCUGAUUACCAUCAAAUAUCCCUUUUUCGAUUAAAAGAAACAUUCCCUAGAAGUUUCGCCAUUCCGUGUUCGUUUUCCAGCAUGAAUUUUUAAAACUUUCAAGAACCUGUAAGAUUUGUUAGUGCAAAUUGUUUUAUCGAGGGAAGUACGUUUCAGCCAAAUCGGAUAAAAAUGUACGAUUCGCCAACGAGCUUGCAGAACGUCUGCGCAAAUUACAUAGGUGUAAAUAUUGAAGCGUUUUGUGUGGCCCAAGGUGAUGAAGAACCGAUGACACUUACGUUCAAAAAAGGGCAUAUCUAUUUGCAUACCAGUUUGUCUGAACAGCUGUUAAACAUUUUGGGGAAAAGUGGGAAGAUUAAUGAUGAAACAUUGCCCAUAUUCAAUAGUAGCAAUACCAGAUUGGAAAAGGUUAUCAUUCAUAAUGCUACAAAUCUUAGUUGCAAAGGCUUGAGAACACUUAAACAGCAUCACAUAGUGGAUUUAGAAGCUACACAGUUGAAAGUUACCAUCAGUGAACUGAUCAGCUCCCUCAGUGAUUGGACGAUAGAAAAUUUAAGAAGUUUGGUUGUCAGCGACUGUACAUUUGUAGAUAGUUCUAAAGUGGCUGUUAUGGUCUCCUUAUCCAGAUUAAAGAAUUUAAGGACUUUAAAUGUGAGUUAUACUGAAUUUAACAAUCACGGCCUCGAGAUCAUAGUUGAAGACCUACGUCAUUUGGAGUGUCUGGAUCUGAGUGAAACUAGAGUUUCGGAAAUAUCGCCGUUGCGAAAGUGCCGUACUCGGUUGAGAGCUCUUGUUCUGCACAAUCUAAAGAUAUCCGAUGCCGCCAUCCCUGUUAUUAUCGACUUACCUCGCUUGAGACACCUAGAUGUAUCGAGGAAUUCGAACUUUUCCUCGCGUUUCCAGCAACAAGUCUAUGUCCUCCUCGACCACAUUACGCCUCCUUUGUCCCUGUCUAUCAGUGAACUCCUUCUUGAACAGGGAGCACUUCCAGAAUUGGAGCACUUAGAUGUAUCCGGAUGCGACCGCGUUGACAUUGACGCCUUAGCCCAAUUCAUCCAUUGUCAUCGAUCAUUGACAUUUCUCGGUCUAUUGGAUUGCGAAGCAUGCUACGAUAGUAUGUUUGUUGAAAAAAUUAGUUCUCAUACUACUUCUUUGAUGAUCACCGGAUCGGCCAAUGAAGAACAAAUUUUAGAAUCUCUGGUUCGCUAUCCAAAGCGCAUCCGGUGCACUCAAAAGUCUUUGUAUGAGCUAUUUUCUCUGACCCAGCAAUUCGACGAGCCUAGAGUAGAUGUCAUUCAGUUGGUUUUGCGAGCAAUGCGUCUUCAUCCUGAAGAAUUCCACAUUCAAAUGGCAGCUACCGCUUGUGUGUACAAUCUAACCAAAGGUGACGUCGGCCAGAAAAUUCACCCACAUAUUCUCAAAGAAGUAGUUCAUUAUACGUUGGCUGCCAUGGAAAAUUUCCCCAACCAUUUGCAGCUGCAAAAAAACACUUUAUUGACGUUGUGCAGCGAUAGGAUAUUACAAGAUGUAACGUUCGAUCGUUACCGCUGUGCCAGAUUAGUACUUGAUUGCCUGUGCAUCUUUGAAGACUCGUCAAUGGGCCGAAUGAGCGUAGCCAUAUGCUCUAUUCUGGCAGCAAAAAUUUCGACAUCAGAAACUACCGUUCUAGGCUCGACACCAAAAUACAUGCGUAAGCUGCUAGCAAUGGUGCGAACCAAGAUGGAAUCGAAUCAGGUUGAUAUUACUCUGAAAUUCACCCUCUCAGCCUUGUGGAAUCUUACUGAUGAAUCACCAGAAACAUGUUCAAUAUUUCUGAGAGAGGGAGGCUUGGAUCUUUUCCUUCAAGUGCUCGAAGCCUUUCCAGGAGAAUCUACUGUCGAAACCAAGAUCCUCGGAUUGAUUAAUAAUAUCGCUGAAGUCAAGACUUUGAGGCACCGUCUGAUUGUUGACCCAUUCCUAAUGGCUCUUCAUAGACUUUUGCGCUCUCCCCUGAUUGAUGUCGCUUAUUUCGCAGCCGGUAUUAUUGCUCAUUUGGCUUCAGGUGGCGUUGAGUUCUGGACUUCGAAAACUGUUCCACGACAUGUUAUGCUUGAGGAACUGGGUGUAGUAGUAAUGGAAUGGAAUAGUCCAGAUAGUGAAAUGGUGGCUUAUCGAUCAUUUUCACCGUUCUUUCAUUUGAUCCUAUGUUACGAAGCUCCACAGGUUCAACUGUGGGCCCUUUGGGCUAUUCUACAUGUCUGUAGUAAAAAUGGCAAACGUUAUUGUUUGAUGUUGUAUGAAGAAGAAGGAGAUGAAAUAUUGAGCACCAUAGCUGCAAAUUCUAAUGCAUCGAAAGAAGUACGUCAGUUUUGCGUAUCAAUAAUGGAACUUUUGAAAAUGGAAGGUUUAAUUCGAAAUGAAAAAAUUACUCUAAUACCAUCUGUUGAUGAGCCAAAUAGUAAAAUGUUUGAAAAUGAUAUUCAUUUAUAAAACAUAAAACAAUUAGGAGAAAUAAUUUUUAAAGAACAAUGACUUAUAUGCUUAAGGGACUGGAGUGUGUAGUAUAGAUCAAGUGAAUUCCCAUGGCCUAUAUUAUUACGGAAAAGUUUCAAAUCUCCUUUUAUUUUGGCUAGUCAACUGUGAUUUCGAGUACAUAUAAUAGAAUUUCCCAAUG